AUGCAAGCAAUUUCUAACUUCUAUCAGGAAGCAGAUACUGAAGAAACAAGUAGUGCUGUGGGCAACGAUGACAAUGUUGAAACUAUAGAGGCACAACCGCUGUGCCGUAGUGAAAGAAUAAGUAAUAAUAACAGCAAUAGUAAUGAUCAAAAUAAUAGGAUACCAUCUUCCCAACAGGAGGGGGCCCACAAUGAUCAUAAUAACAAUACAAACAAUUCUCAGGGUUUUCAGAGGGGCCGCAAUGGACAUUUCAACAAUUCCAAUAUGAACAGGAACCAAGGGCAGAGGAGGAAACACCAGAACUAA